CGAAGUUCCUUUCAGACAUUGCGCAUUCUGUGGACUUCUUUUGAAGGUGAAGCCCACUUCUUGUUGUCAAGUGAGAUAUGUUACGGUUAACUCUUGCACUGGUGGUAUUGUUAAUUUGCGAUAAGCCUGUGACUGGAGCCUCACCCUUUGGGACAAACAUAGAAUAUUAUGCACGUUGGGACCACUUGGAUACGAGACCAGUGCCUGCAUGGUAUGACCAAGCAAAGGUGGGCAUCCUACUCUACUGGGGCGUGUUCUCCGUGCCAAGCUUCGGCUCAGAAUGGCUAUGGUAUCAUUGGAACGGCCGACAAAAUAGCCUCUUUUCUGAAUUCAUGAACGCCCACUAUCGGCCUAACUUCACGUAUCAAGCAUUUGCUCCCGAAUUCACGUGCGAGUUCUACAACCCAGACAGAUGGGUUGACAUCGUCCAGAAAUCGGGAGCUAAGUACGUCAUUUUUACGGCAAAACACUUCGAAGGUUACACAUUAUGGCCCUCGAAAAGAUCCUGGAAUUGGAACAGCGUCGAUGUUGGGCCACGAAGAGAUCUCUUGGGCGAAUUCGCACACGCAGUGAAGACAACAACGGGACUCAAGUUUGGCAUUUAUUAUUCCCUCUACGAAUGGUUCAAUCCGUUGUUUCUGGACGACAGAGAGAACAACUUCAAGACGGACGCUUUCGUAACUACAAAAGUGAUCCCGGAACUGUACGAACUGGUGAAGAAAUACGAGCCGGAAGUUGUCUGGGCAGAUGGUGACUGGGAGGCACCUGACAGUUACUGGGAUAGCACCAGAUUCCUCGCCUGGCUCUACACGAACAGCACCGUCAAGGAGAACGUGGUAACCAAUGACCGCUGGGGUAAAGGACUAUGGUGCAAACACGGUGACUUCAGAAACUGCAAGGAUGGUCACAAUCCAAGGGUGCUUCAGAAGAGAAAGUUCGAAAACGUCAUGAACCUGGACAAGCCAUCGUGGGGAUACAGACGUAAUGCUCAGCUGAAAGAUUUCAUCUCGGAUCAUGUUCUCAUUAAGACACUCAUCGAAACUGUAAGUUGUGGAGGCAACAUCCUCAUCACCUUGGGUCCAACUCAUGAUGGCCGCAUCCCGGCCAUUUUCGAAGAACGUCUCAUAACCCUGGGAAAGUGGCUAGCCACAGUCGGAGAGGCCAUCUACGGUACAAGGCCUUGGGAGUUCCAAAACGACACAGUAACUGGAGACGUCUGGUACACUGCAAGUGGUGCUGCUGAUGCCAACGGUACGCCGGAAGUGGUGUACGCCUUUCUGCUUGAGUGGCCAGCGAGCGGCUUGUUACGAUUAGGAGCUCUCACUCCAGGCACUACCACUGAGAUGACCCUGCUCGGAAAUUCGCUCAAGCUGUCAUGGAAAGUGGUGGGAAAUCGCAUCGUCAUCGUCAACCUCCCACCGCCACCUAUCGCUAUUUCUACCAAAGUAGAAGCGUGGGUAAUCAAGAUUAGCAAGCCUGCUCCGCGCUCAAACGGCCAAACAAAAUUUUAGCGAAAGAAGUUGCAUCCUCUGUACAUGAUUAAAAUGUGUCG